GGCACAUUUAUCAAUUAGCUCACUUCUUUCUUUCUUCGGUCUUCUUGUCUCUUCUUCUUCAUUUUUGGUCCCCCAUACCCACCCAAGUCAGACACAAUGUCUACAUUCGGAAACCACUUUCGAGUAACCACCUAUGGCGAGUCUCACUGUCUUUCUGUGGGAUGCAUUGUCGACGGUGUGCCACCAGGCAUGGCCCUCACAGAGGACGACAUCCAGCCCCAGAUGACUCGUAGACGACCCGGUCAGUCCGCAAUCACCACCCCGCGAAACGAAAAGGACCGCGUCGAGAUACAGUCUGGAACCGAAUUUGGUAUCACACUGGGCACACCGAUCGGAAUCAAGGUCAUGAACGAGAACCAGCGCAAGCAAGACUACGGAAACAAGACAAUGGAUCUGUACCCCCGUCCCAGUCACGCAGACUGGACCUACCUCGAGAAGUACGGUGUCAAGGCAAGCUCUGGUGGCGGAAGAAGCAGUGCGCGAGAGACAAUAGGCCGUGUCGCAGCAGGCGCGAUCGCUGAAAAGUAUCUUCGCGAGGCAUUCGGCGUCGAGAUCGUCGCAUUCACCUCAUCAAUUGGCAACGAGUUCCUUUUCCCCCCUACGCCAGAGCAUCCUACAUCGGCCACGAACCCUGCGUUUCUCCAGCUCAUUGAAACCAUCGAUCGUAAGACCGUGGACGAGUUCCUUCCCGUCCGCACGCCCAAUGAGGAAGUCAGUAAACGCAUGGAGAAGCUAGUCGGAGACUUCAAGGAGCGCGAGGACAGCAUCGGUGGAACAGUGACUUGCGUAAUUCGGAAUUGUCCCAGCGGCCUUGGCGAACCUUGCUUCGAUAAGCUGGAGGCUACACUCGCGCAUGCGAUGUUGAGCAUUCCAGCCACCAAAGGCUUUGACAUCGGGUCUGGCUUCGGUGGCUGCCAGGUUCCAGGCUCCAUUCACAAUGAUCCUUUCAUCAAAGCGCCUGCGAUACCUGCAGGGGAAACUGGAACAAGCUCAUCGGUCCCCAGACCCCGCCUGACAACUAAAACAAAUAACUCGGGAGGCAUUCAGGGUGGUAUCACCAACGGAGCACCCAUCUACUUCACAGUUGCAUUCAAGCCACCGGCCACGAUCGGCCAGGCACAGACCACGGCGACGUAUGAUCAGGAGGAGGGAGUGCUCGAGGCAAAGGGAAGGCACGAUCCUUGCGUGGUGCCUCGCGCAAUCCCCAUUGUCGAGGCAAUGGCCGCAUUGGUUAUCAUUGAUGCAGUCAUGGCACAAAAGGCUCGCGAGGCGAGCCGAAGUCUGCUGCCCCCGCUCAAGGGCGUUGUGCCUGUGCACAAGGCAUGAAGAGGUCCAAUGACAUUGUGACGAAAGUGUCGCGGAGAGUCCCUCCGGCGACACGUUGGUGAGACCGAUGGUGGGCAGCGACUAGAACACGAAUGCAGUAGUACAAUGCUAGAG